CCAAAUGAUUUUAAAUACCUUACCUGAUGUUCUUAUUCAAGGUUUAUUGGUCUAAUGGUUGGCUGGAGCAGCAGUGGAAAGAAUAAAGAGCCAUGGUGUCAUGGAAAGGGAUAUACUUUCUACUUGCACUAUUCUUGGGAAGCUUUUUUGGAAGUAUCUUCAUGCUCAGUCCUUUUCUGCCUUUGAUGGUUAUCUCUCCAGCCUGGUAUCGCUGGGUCACCGACUGCAUUGUGGCCACUUGGCUCACACUCCCAGUGGCUUUGCUGGAGAUGGUAUUUGGUGCCAAGGUGGUUGUCACUGGUGAUGGAUUUGUUCCUGGAGAAAGGAGUGUCAUUAUCAUGAACCAUCGCACCCGAAUGGACUGGAUGUUCCUGUGGAACUGCCUGCUGCGAUACAGCUACCUCAGACUUGAAAAAAUCUGUCUCAAAUCCAGUCUCAAAAGCAUUCCAGGAUUUGGCUGGGCGAUGCAGGUUGCUGCCUUUGUUUUUAUUCAGAGAAAAUGGGAAGAUGACAAGAGUCAUUUUGAAAAAAUGCUGGAUUAUUUCUGCGACAUUCGUGAACCACUACAGCUCCUCAUCUUUCCUGAAGGAACUGAUCUCACAGCCAAUACCAAAGCCCGCAGUAAUGAAUUUGCUGAAAGGAAUGGACUUCGAAAAUAUGAGUACGUCUUGCAUCCGCGAACUACUGGAUUCACUUUUGUGGUGGAACGUCUGAGGGAAGGUAACAAUCUCGAUGCUAUCCAUGACAUAACUGUGGCAUACCCCCAGAACAUUCCUCAGACAGAGAAGCACCUUUUGAAUGGAAACUUCCCCAAGGAGAUUCACUUUCACGUCCAGAGGUACCCAAUAGAGACGGUGCCCACUGCUAAGGAGGAGCUGCAGCUUUGGUGCCAGAAGCGUUGGGAAGAGAAGGAGGAGAGACUCCGGCAGUUCUACGAAGGUGCAAGGUGCUUCGAUGCGACGGGGCGAAGCGUUAUCCCACCGUGCAAAUCUGAGCUCAGGGUCCUAGUGGUUAAGUGCGCCUCGCUCCUCUACUGGACAGUGUUCACACUGGGUAUGUUCGUGCUACUGUACACGUGCAGCUUCGCACGGUGGUAUUUUGUGGCCGUGAUUGUCUUUUUUGUUGUCCAGCAAAAAAUAUUUGGUGGGCUGGAACUAAUUGAACUUGCUUGUCAUCAGUAUUUUAAAGGGCAAGAGCAGAUAUGUGACACAAAAGUGAAAAGCACUUAGUUCUUGGGUAAAGAAAGGGUAAGAAUGGAUGUUUUUGAGACAUACUGCAGACUUUGUAAAUGGGGAAGAAUUUUUGCAUGAGAAUUGUCUUUUCUUACUAUCGACAUUAUUUGUUAGACAUUUGCACUUAAUUCUGUGAAAGGAAAGGAAAAACAUUAGUUACUGCUACACAUGAAAAUGAUAGUUUUUAUCUCUGAAUGUAAUUUCAACAUUGCUCUUGCAAGCAGCUAGUAACCUGCAUUCUGCUGUAAUUAUCAAACAAACUGCUGGAUUAUUGAACAAUCAUAAGGAUGUUAAUAAAUGUGAUAUGUGCUGAACUUUAAUGUAAAAAUCCAAACUGUCCAGCUAUGAGAGACAGAUACAGGAUUUCUGUAUAAUCACAUUGUCAUAAAGUGAGCACCAGACUGAAAAAGCUAGGAAAUUUAAUGAUGGUUUGAUGAUAGCUGUUAAGUUUCUUUUUUUGCUAUGUCAAAUGUUGGAAACGUAAUUUAAAAU